UCUUCUUUAUUCUUAUCCUUCAUACUAUUUUCUACAUUUUCUUCCUUCAAUACGAUAAUGAGGAAGGCGAAACAGAUGUUAUCCUGCUUGUGUUUUGGUGGUUGUAUCCUGCUUGUGUCCUAAAUCUAAAUGGCAUAGUUCUUCUAAAACGGAUGAUCUGAAAGCAUGAAGGUCACCUACCUAACCAGAGAAAAGAAAAAGGUGGCUAAGAAAAAUACAAGCAGAGAGAUUGACUGAUCAAAUCUAGAAAGGUGCCCUCUAGCUCAAAUGGUGGACAUAAACAAAUAAAUAAUGAAUGCAUUUGGUGCGACUUCGCAUCACCUUUCCUCAAGAAUCAAUUCCCCAGAGUUACUUUUAAAGGGGGAAUGUAAGGUUUAUUCCACCAGUUACAAGAGAAGAGACCUGCAGACAGGAGACAUUUCACCUUCUGAGAAGAGACGCCAAACUACUCAUCAAUUGCCCCACCGCUAAGCAAUCUCCUAGAAGUUAGAACCACCACAUGUUUCUUAGAAUUUAUGAUAUCAUGUCAUAUAUUCCUCGCGGAGAACGGAACACUGCGGCCCACUCCCCUUAAUUAAACAAAGCAGGGAUAAAUUAAUGGGGAGUGAAUGCAGCAUCAACAAACGCUGUUAUGAUAUUAGCAUGUCAAAGAGGACUAGAAAGUCAUUUCAUUAUAGUGUCCCAGUCCCAGAUGCCAAUCGAACUACGUGUGGAGAAAUCAUCCCUGCUCUUGAGAGCUUUCUGGAUGGCAAUGGAGGAGAUCAGAGUUCUCCCUCAAAGUCGAGAGUUGAAGAUGGGGAUCAAGACAAUGAUAAUCGUAAAAGCUUUAAGCAGCUGAUCGAUGGGGAUGAAAAAGCAAAGCUGAUCAUCAAGUCGGGUGACCAAGGGAGCAGAGCUAGAAGUUCACUAGGCCAACACUUCACUGAUGAAGAGAAUCACCUUCAACUGGUCAAGAAGCAGCAAAAAGCAGUGAGUUUGCAAGGAGUGAAGCUGAAAAAAUUGGUGAGUCGUUGUGCCAAAGUUUUUAGACAUUUGGUCAAAGCCGAGAGCGAUCCAGGCCUAAGAGAACCCAGGCAGGCUGUUCUUCGUUUAACUAUGUAAAGCAAUGCCAGCUGAAAUAUUUUCUGGAGGCCGGUCAUCUUCUGAUUACAAAUGCAACAUUAGUUUUGACCGUGGUCAAGACCUACAUAUUUGAGUCCUCUUCAAAUCUUUACUAAAACGCUUUGUCUUCUCCUCUACAUGUGUUCUAUAUAUGUAUACUGUGAAGAUAUGUUGAGCAAUUAAGAGGUUAUUCAAUAAAAGAAUA